GGUGAUGAUGAUGAUGAUGAUGGUGAUGAACGGCGGAGCCCCUCCUUGUGAGCGCGUGGUCUUUUGUGGGGUGCCCUGUUACCAUGGACACGGCGCAGACGCGUGGACGUGACGAAGAGGCGUCAAAAGUGGCGAUGAUGAAGCAGGCAAAAAACUCAUCCAGCUUUAGAACUUCAUAACAGCCAUAUGACCGGAUCGCGCAUCUUUUGGUGUCCGUUUAAUUUUUUUUUUUUUAUUUGUUCAAAUGAAACCAUGACGUUAACGGAUCUAUAACGCUUGAGAAACUUGAAGGUGGGAAAGAAAAAAAAAAAAAAGAAAAAACACUCAAGACUUGUGACUCCUCAUGGCCAAACUUCGGUUUACAUGGUUUGUACUUCUGAGUAUGAUGACACUGCAAACGGAUGCCAUGGAGACAGCGAACGUGGUGGAUUUCUGUGGCCAGACGGUACGGGGGGACGGCAUGAUCGUCCGGUCCCACCAGGAAUCGCGCAGGUACUACUUUGUCAGCAUUGGCACCGACUGCCACCUGACCAUGCAGGCAGCCACGCCCCGCGACAAGGUGCAGUUCCAGUUCCGCUUCUUCCUGGUUUACAGCCUGCUGCGCGUGUCACCCUUUAGCCCCGUCCCCCUCGCCCCAGAAUCGGCCUGGGGGCCCGCGAAUUCGGGUUCGACACGGCCUGACCAGCUCAUGGAGCCCACAACGGGCGAGGGCCAAGGAGAUCCGUGUCACGCUGGCUCUUACAUCCAGUUCUUUGAUGGUCGGGAUGAGAUGGCGCCCCCUAUCGGGCCUCCCCUUUGUGGAAAGAGCCUGCCACGCCCAGUCCUGUCCACUGGAAACUAUCUGACUCUGCGACUGGUGACCAGGGGGACUCAGCCACGCGUGGAUUUUGUUGGGGACUUCACCUCGUUCAGGCUGGGGUUUAAUCAGUCUGAAUGCAGCAGUGAGCCUUACUUCACCUGCCAAAAUGGAAAAUGUAUCCCAAUGAGUCUUGUGUGCAACGACGACAAGGGAAUCGACAACUGCGGAGAUGGAACCGACCUGCAAGAUUACCCAAGAUGCACCAAUCUGUUGUCUACGGCUAGCACACGUCAGACGUAUGUAACUCCUCCACCCAUGUUGAAUGUGGCCACCAUGAGGGCAUCAGCUGUGGAGAAGUGCAAUGACCCAAACUUCAUCCCUGGCAUCGACUGUGUCACCGAUUCUCCUCCGUACGUGUCUCUGCUGGCUCUCUACGUGGUUCUGGGAGUUCUGGUCGGUUCCGCGGUCGUGUGCUGGUGCUGCUGGUCUCCCGGCUGGUUCCUCUGGAGAGUGAGCGUGUGUCGUUUCCUGCCCUGCUGUAACUCCUGCUGUGCCUCAUGUCAGCUGUGCAGCCGGAGCUGCUUGCAGAACAAAGAACACCGGCUGGCCAAGGUCACGCCGCAGCAGGCCUCCACGCCCGCAGCCUCUGGCACCACCGUAGCCGUGUAGAGUCUGCACAGGAGUACUCGCUCUAAAAGUGUCUCAUGGGGUGACAGAGAAGGACACUGGUGGUAACAUGUUCGUCAUGACGCGUGUUUAAUUUUGAAGUGAGAAAAUAUUUGACUUUUGUAUGAAAUCAAGUGUUACAGUAUCAUGUUGUUAAGACUUAAGAUUUGUGCAAUUCAGUUUCAUGUAUCGCUCUUUGGACAUUGCGAAGAAGAUGUCACCGGUAUUGUCCCAGGCACCCUGUGAUCGUUUCUAAACAGAAAACGGACCUAAAAGAGGUAUUCACGUUUCCCGAAAGGACCGUGCACAAAAGGCGUUCAAGUCCGGGCCGAUCCUGUUUACGAAACGACAGUCCAAACAGUUUCACUAUUCCCAGAGCUAUUGUCGAAGAUUACCUAACAGCUUUGAGUCUCGGUGUCAGCUUGGCACGUUGCUCUGUCGUGAUGAGGUGCAUUUUUCCUAAUGCGUUGUUGCCCAGUUACUGAGCUCCGUCCUGUUCUCCCAGAGGUCAUGUCCUCUGUACCGAAGCCUCACCACACAACAGCACAAAUACUGCUCAGUUACAGCUCAGUAUUUAUAAGUAAUAAGUGGGAAAAGAACGGCAUUAGUCCUGGUUUGGGUUUAGUCUCAGUUUGGGGUUGCUCUCAUUAUGCUUUUAGUUUGAGUUUGAGUUAGGUCUCAUUCUGGGUUUGGGUUCAUUAUCAGUUUGAGUUUAAUCUCAGUUUCUUCUUAGACUCACUUUUCUGCCCAGUCAGGUUUGGGCUUAGUCUCAGUUUGUGUUUAGUCUUAUUUUAAGUUUAAUCUCAGUUUGGGCUAGUCUCCGCUUGGGUUUAGUCUUGAUAUGUUUGGGCCUAGUCUCAGUUUCCGUCUCAGUUUGGGUUUAGGCUUACUUUGGGUUUAGAUAUGGGUCAGUUUUAGUUUUGGAAAUGUAAUAUUGAUGACUCUGUUACACUAAUGAGUAAAAAAGGAGACUAAACUCAAACUAAGCCCCUGUUCAGACUAAAGCCUGUUUUAUGCUCUGUUCUGUGUUUAUUAAAGUCACUGUCUGAAACAGGUUCCGCCCACCUUGCAGUUACUGGCCAAUAGUCAGUCCUUCCAGGAUUUUGCGAUCGCAGAACGAACACAAAAUCGAGCAAACUCCGAAAUAUUCCGAGGAGCUUGCAAUUUUUCUGUUACGCGGAUUUUCCGUAGAUUUGGGCCGAGACGCGUCAUGUGACGUCAUCACAACACGCGUUCAGCCAAAACGCGUACUUCUUCGAUACGCGUACUUCGAACAAGAGUACAGCUAAAAGGUCUCAUUUAUACCAUCAAACAUCACUGCGAAAGAUCGUCCACAACAGUUUCAUGCAAUUGCGAUUUCACCAAUUCAAGCAGUUUUCCGCAAAAAAAAUCUCAAAAUGCUCCACAAGUUACAUCGCAAAUUUAAAAAAAAAAGCAGCAGCAAAAUCAAGCAUUUUUGACCGCGACGAUCACAAAAAAAAAAAAAAAAAAACACACCGCGAAAUACUAUACAGGCUGAAUAGUGACACAUGGAGGGUGGAUGGGAACCUUUUAUUUAUAUAUAAGCUCUAUAUUUAUAUAUAAGCUCUUCUGAUCGUUUGCGAUCUAAACUUUUCACCAAAUCGAAACGUAAACAUGGAAACUGGGUUUAGCCCAAACUGGUCUGGAGCGUUCAGUCACGUCUCUGUUCUUCACGUGCUGAUGCGCUGUGUUGAUUAUGUUUGGGUUUUCAGAUUGGAAAAAAAGUAAUACACAAUAUUUCACAAAAUCUGAUCAAAUAUUAUACCAAAAACUGUGUUUAUAUCUAUAUAUGUCUGUAUAUCUAUUUUUAAGUACUUUUCUUCUUAUGGAUUUAUGAUAUUUUCAAAGUAGAUAGUUUGAUAUCAGUGUAGAUACCACUGUCUUUGUUUGGAUUUUUUUUUCUUGUUUUUUAAUGCUUGAUGAAAAUUUGAAUGUAAAUACAGAUAUAAUGUAUGAGUUGUGGAUCAUUCACGUUAAAACAGAGUUAAGUGAGAAUACAACGGUGCAAGUAGUCUUUACAUUUUGUUUUUCAUGUGGAAUUAAAAUAUUGCUGGCUUUUAUUUCUUAUUAAACAUGGAUUA